AUGAACCCUACCCAAGAAUUCACCGGGGGUUCUGCUGAGGACCCAAUUACUGAAAUUUACUGGCCAGUCUUCAAAAGCGCAGUCGAAGAGGACCUCGCAAGAAUCGAAGUCAGUCAACCUCGCCCUAUCAAACUCACAUGCGCCAUCUGUAGAGACUUAAUGAUCACCACUCCUUCACAACCAAACCGCAGUUCUGACCCCCAUCACCACGAAGCAUGGAUCCAGCCCUGCGGCCACAUGGUAGGAUUCUCCUGCCUGUCCAGAUGGGUUGAGUGCUCCGAUAGAACUAACCCCGACAGAGGGUAUUAUAAAUGCCCUGUCUGCGCCAUCAAGAUAUACGACCACCCAGGAUGCGGCGAUGUAUGCAUGGGUCGAAUGAUCCCCAUCUCAGUUGAGAAGUACGCCCAGAUUCCCCCAGUCUUGCUAGAAGGCGGUCUCCCCGCGCUGGCGUGUGGGAUGUGCGAAAUGGACGAAGGCUUGUUAGCAAUACGCAAGUACUCCAAGAUCUAUGGUUUUACGGCUGGAGCGCUGAAGGAAGACCAACACAUAGGUGUCUACUAUGAAUCGCACCACGAUGUUGAACCCCUAAUGGAGCCUGCUCAUCCAUAUAGCUCCUGCAAAUGGGUAGGGGGUGUUGAUACUCCAAAGGAGCUAAAAGCUGCUUUCAGUGCUAUCAAGAAGACAUGGGCAACCAAGGCUACUGCUUUUUGGUAUGGAAUUGAUCUCCAGGAGCUUGAGUUGGCCAUGGGUGUAUUUAGAUCAGAGCUGGACGAUCAAGUUAUGGAAGGUUAG